AUGUGGUCUACAUACGAUUAUCUGUUUUCAUCGAUUUUUUGGUGCACUGGAACAGUCGGGAUUGUUGUCAACUGCUAUCUUCUCUAUUUGAUAUUCUUCCAUGCCCCUGAAACAGUUCGAGUCUAUCGAGUAUUCCUGGCCAACGCUGCCAUUGCUGACCUCAUUCUCGCCAUUGCGAUGACCUUUUCACAAAUAAGAAAUUUCAGGUUGAUACCCAAUAAAUGGGCAUUCGCUUACGUCGCUUUAGGACCAGCACAUUAUCUUGGGCCCAUGGCAUGUUAUCUAGGAUAUUGCGUUGUGUUACACUCACUGUUCUAUACGUUCCUGUCUUAUCCGCUUUCAUUUGGCUAUCGCUAUCACAUUUUGGUUCGCCCAAUGCCAACUAUCAAAAGUUGCAUAGUUAUAUGCUUUGGAUUAUGGCUGAUUGCCUUUGCACAACAUAUUUUAUUCAUUUUCUCUCAAUCAGAGCCACAUUUUAUAAGAUCAUAUCUGAAGAUGAACAAACCGCAAUAUAACCUCACCGAUUUCGUCAUUACUGGUAAUCACAUGAUCGAAAGCCCACUCACCUCUGUGACACUAGCUACAAUUGUACUGCCAAUGUUCCCAAUCUAUUUGAUUGUCGUGUAUUUUUACAAAAAAGUUGAUGGAGUACUUGACAGUAAUAAUGUGAACAUGCGCGAGUCCACUAUCAGAGGUCAUCGCAAACUUAUGCGGGCCUUGAUCAUUCAAGCUUCUCUUCCACUCUUUUUCAUAUUCCCACCUAUUCUUAUUUAUGGCCUGUAUCACCUUGAAUUUAUUAAUUUCACAAUUAUCGAGUACCUCGUUUAUGUGCUGUUCAGUUUCUAUCCGGCCACCAGCCCAUUCGUGACUCUAUACUUUGUGAACCCAUUCAAUCUAGCCGUUCGCAAACUACUCGGUAUAUCGAGGAGAGUAUCAGACACUUCCAAGGUUACGCAAAGUAUGGUGGUGAGCACCCUGAAGUAA